UACCUCUUCAACGGUUUUCGCGUGCUCGGCAUCUACAUGCCUGCCCGCCACAAGUGGCUCUACGCACUCUACUCACUCAUUCCACAUGCGCUAGUUACCAUUUGGCUGCCACUGUCGUUCGUCUUCAGCUAUGCCACGAUGUCCGCUGCAGACUUGGUGCCCAGCAGCCUGCUCACGUCCAUUCAGGUGGCCAUCAAUGUGAUUGGUUGUUCGGUGAAAAUUGUAGUCAUGGCUUUUCUGCUGCCGAAAUUGCGUACCGCUAAUGCUUUUAUGGAUCGUUUGGAUGCGCGUUGUCGUGAUGAGGACGAAAUUUUGGAAAUGCGUAAGAUUGUGCGACAGGGUAAUCGUUUCUUAGUGCUCUUUGCCAUGUCAUAUUGGAGUUAUGCGACGAGCACAUUUCUCGGCUCAGUAUUCUUCGGACGACCGCCCUACGCGCUGUAUAAUCCAUUUUUUAAUUGGCGCAAGUCAAAGCUGGAAUUCAUAGUAGCUUCACUAAUUGAAUUUGCGCUCAUGGAUGUGGCCUGUUUUCAGCAGGUGGUGGAUGACUCCUAUGCGGUUAUUUAUGUUUGUAUACUGCGAACUCAUAUGAAUAUUUUAUUGAUGCGCAUCAAGAAGUUGGCCACGAACGCGGAAACGAGUGUGGAGGAGAAUUUGGAAGAACUGAAGCUUUGUAUUAUAGAUCACAAGAACCUUUUGGGGCUCUACAGCAUCGUAGCACCUAUAAUUUCCGUGACGAUUUUCAUACAAUUCAUGAUCACGGCUAGCAUACUCAGUGCAACACUCAUUAAUAUGUUCAUAUUCGCCGACCAGCUUUCGGCACAGAUCGCCUCCUGUUUCUAUAUAUUAGCCGUGGUGGUUGAGAUCUUUCCUCUUUGCUACUAUGCCCAAUGCCUCAUGGACGAUAGUGAACGCUUGUCACAGCAGAUUUUCCACUCCAAUUGGAUCGAACAGGAUGCGCGCUUCAGGAAAAUGAUGGUUUUCUUUAUGCAGCGCACCCAGCGCGUUAUGGAGCUGAAUGCGGGCAAAAUAUUUCCCAUAACGCUGGGCAGUUUUCUGAGUAUAGCGAAAUUCUCAUUCUCCCUGUAUACGCUGAUCAAGAAAAUGGGCAUAAGGGAACGCAUGGGGCUGGAGUGA